AUGGAGGAUGGGGAAGAAUUUAUAUCAAAGCAGAGUGAAGAAGAGGCGGCUGACAAUAAAGAUUAUCAGGCCCUUCAAAUAUUACAAAAAUGGAAAGACAACCUCAUGGAGUGGCGGUUUCCGCGAACUCGCACGCGCGUGCGCCGUCGGCUGGCGGGCUGCCCGCCGCGGCGGCUGUGGCCACCCCGUGCGCCGCGCACAGUAGUCGCUGCGCCCCUGGCCGCCCGCGCGGACGCUGCCCGCACAGCAGCUGCGCCUGCGUGCCGCCCGCACAAUGCGGCCGCCCCCGCCAACGCCACCUCCGAAUGUGACGCCGCCUCACGUGACUCCCGCCUCAGCACGCACCGGCGCGAACUGUGGCAGACGCUGGUGCGCGAGCGGGCGCCGUUGGCCGCGCUGCUGCUGCUCUUCUCUGCGGCCACCGUCUUCGGCAACGGUCUCGUCAUCGUGGCGGUGGCGCGCGAGCGCUACCUCCACACCGCCACCAACUACUUCGUCACGUCGCUCGCCGUCGCUGACUGCCUCGUCGGGCUCGUCGUGAUGCCGUUCAGCGCCGCCUACGAGGUCGCCAACCACGCAUGGUUCUUCGGAAUUGACUGGUGCGACGCGUGGCGCUCGCUGGACGUGCUGGCGAGCACGGCGUCCAUCCUGAACCUGUGCGUCAUCUCGCUGGACCGCUACUGGGCCAUCACGGACCCUUUCUCGUACCCCGCGCGGAUGACGGGGCGGCGCGCGGCAGCGCUCAUCACGGCCGUGUGGGUGUGCUCCGGCGCCAUCUCGUUCCCCGCCAUCGCGUGGUGGCGCGCCGUGCGGCCCGAGCACGUGCCGCCCUACAAGUGCCCCUUCACCGAGAACCUCAGCUACCUCAUCUUCUCAUCCACCAUCUCCUUCUACCUGCCGCUCUUCGUCAUGGUGUUCACCUACUACCGCAUCUACCGCGCUGCCGUCGUCCAGACGCGGUCGCUCAAGCUGGGCACCAAGCAGCAUACGCAGCUUGUUAUCACACAUUCGCAAGUACUUCGCAAAGAC